GGGUCUACACUCUUCGUAAAUUCUUCUUUAAUUUGAUUACAGUUCAGCUGUACCCGUGCUAUGCCAGCUUAGAAUAUAUUACAGUUGCUGUUAUUUCGUAAAUAAAGUAUUUUGACGUGUUAACUUUUGAUUUGUAAGACAAAGUGUCUCCAUCAGAUCACGUCCACCCCUGUGUGUCUGGAAUGGUUCAGUCCGGAACUUGAAUGUUUUGCGGGAACCUCUCUCAGCUGUUUAUCUUACAGGCUGUGGUUUCUGAUCGAGUUUGGACAGAUUUGACGUGUAACCUUCAGUCAAAAUGAGCGCCAAAAAGGGCAGAAGAGCCAAAACACAAAAAACUGAGAUGCAGACCCAGAAAGCUUCAGAUGUGGCUGAUAUGGAUUCCCCCAACCUGUCUGCGAUAGAGAGAGCCAGCUUUAUGGAGGGACUGCAGAAACCUUUCGGUAACCCUCUGCACAGUACCGCCAUGGAGGAGGAUUUAAAUGUCCCUGAGAGUCAGAAGGAGGAAGAGAAAGCUGGGAGAAAACCAAUCCCUAAGACACAAAAGACUUUUGUGAAGCAGCGUGGAGAUGCUGCGAAGAGGAAGAACCCAGAGAGGGAUGCAGAGAAUGAGGAGGAAGAGGAGAAGAAGAAGAAGAGUCGGAGAAGUACUGGAGGGAAUGUCAAAGCUGGGCCAGAGAAGGAAGCAGAAACAAAGAAAAAGAAGGGAGCACCUCUGGGACAAAGACAAGACUUGGAGGCAGACGGGAAAGAAUCAGACGCAGGCGGCAGCCUCAAGAAAAAGAACCCACGUACCCCAGCAGCCAGCAGUGUUGAACGUCUGGUCAGGAAGAAGCCCGCCAAGAGGAGGAGCUCAGGGCAGAUGCCUGCAGCAAGGAAAGAAAAACAACUGCAGGUCAACCAAGACAGGAAGAGAGAGACGAAAUCAGGGAGGGGAAAGUCUGACCACCCUGAGCCACAGGAGGAAUCUGACACGGAGACGCAGAGGAAGGUCCUGCCUUCCGAUGAGGAGGUGGUUGACGAUGACACAAGCUGGAUCCCAAGUCCCAAAAAUACCCAGAAGAACAGUUUGGGCCAAAACAGAAAGUCUUCAUCUGAUAGAGCUAAAUCUGGAAAUUCUUCAUCAGGCAGUGCGUCUGAAGAACCAGACAAGGCGGACACAGAUCAGCAGAGGAGGAAGAAACAAGGCCGUCAGAGAGGAACAGAGCUGGAGGUUGUGCUGGACGCGUUUGCUGAUUUCUGUGAUGAUUACAGGGAGUCUGUGAAGUCUAAAGCAGUCAAACAGUCCAUCGAGUCCUUCUCCACGGUUGUUAAACAGCAGCUCAUGGAAAAGAUCUCUUCUCAAAAGGAGCUCAGGGUUCUGAAAAGAGAAAACAUGAAGGUGGGAUCUUUGAUCCGUAAGAAGACACAGAGAUUGUUGGAUGCCAAACAUGAGAUGAUGAGGAUGGAGAGGCAGCUGUUUUUACAGAAAAAGGAGAGAUCUGAACUCAAACUCCGAUUACUUGAUCUGAGACGAGGCCAAGCGUUCCUGCAGCAUCUCAGACAGGGUUCUCUAAAAUCCUUGAAAAGCAUUAAAAAGUUAUAAAUUAAGUUUUCAGAAUAAAAAGCCUUAAAAUGUC